AUGCAGCUUAUGCGGGAGCGGCUGUUGGAGCUUUACAAUACCAAGCAAUAUGUGGUGCUGCCCCCAGAUGAGACAGUAAAACUGCAGCGAGAGGUGACGGCGAGCCUGAACUCAGCAGAUCCAGGACUCAACGACGUUGACCGCAUGGCCCUAAUGGAGAUGAACUUCUAUUUGUUGGUGUACAUUGGCGAAGAAAUAGAAGCAGACGUGCUCUACCGCACACUUGUUGGACGUAUAGGUGAGAACUCGCCCCGGAUGCACCUCAUGAAGGCUACGUUACUGCAGGUUACAGAAGGUGAUCCCGCUGCCGCGAAGUACCUGAAGAACCUGCUUGAAAAGCAGCUUGAAUACGAUACAGAUUCCGUGGAUUACCUGCAGGUGGGCAAGAAGCUAAUUGCGCUGGAACGGCCCGCGUUGUCCACCGAGCUGUGGAUGAAAAAGCUGCUGUCGCUGCUAGAGAAGUUUCCACUGGACGCCGAACUAUGGUGGACCCUUGCCAUGGAAUACUACAAGCUGGGGCAGUUUGACCAGGCCAUUUACUGCUUUGAAGAAGUUUUGUUAAUCUCGCCGUUGGCGUACUCUGCGUUUGCACAACUGGCGGAGGUGCUUUACUGUAAAGCUAUGCGCGAAAAGCCCGUGUCUACGGAUGUGCUGCAAGAGGCCCUUGAAAAUGCGCUGCGGGCGGUCGAACUCUCCUCGAACUGCCUGAAGGGGUGGUCCUUUGUCGGGAAGAUCAGCUCGGUACUGGAGAAACCAAGGCUACUGUCCCUUGCCUUGACGAAGUUACGCGAAAUCGAAAGCAGCAGCAACAAGCAACAUAGCAAGACCGCUAAAUACAUUCUCAAGUCAUUGGAAUAA